UUUGUGAUAAGAUAAUUAGCUAGCCAUGGCAAAGAGAGAGAUCAUUUUUGUCCUUGUCUUAUUGCUUUUUAUAGCAUCGUCCGAGCAAGCUUCUUUCGAUUACUAUCAAGUGGUGUUUCAAUGGCAACCAGCUACUUGCAAUGACAUAACAUUACCCACUCGGUGCGUACAAAACCCAGAUAAUAGAUUCAGUAUCCACGGCGUGUGGCCCAGCAAAACAUCUGGUUCAAGAGUCGGACCUUGUAACGGCACUGCCUUCGAUCCCGCAACUAUAGUUAGCAUACGCGCGGGGCUGAACCAAAAUUGGCCGGAUGUAAUCCGUCGGAAGAACCAAGUAUUUUGGAGCGACGAGUGGAGAAAACAUGGGACUUGCUCCGAGGACUUGUUAAACCAGCUCCAAUAUUUCACAUUCGGUCUGAAUAUUUAUCACGACGAGGGCAAAGAUAUAGUUGAGAAAUUGGGAAAGAAAAAAAUAAUACCAAAUGGAAAAAAGUACAAGAAGGCAGAUGUUGAGAAGGCAAUUAGUAGCGUGAUUGGUAAGAGGCUAGGAUUUCGCUGCAACAUCGAUCAGUCUAACUAUCAUCAAUUGCAUGAAAUCAGUUUUUGUUAUGCCAAAGAUGCUUCCACUCUCCAAGAUUGCCCUUCUAAUGCUACCAACUGUCCUACAAAGUUCAAGUGGUCUUCCUUCAAGAGAGAACAUGUUGAGUUAUGAGUUUUUUCUUAUAACUCAAGUUUAAUUUUGAGUUUUUAAUUUUUUAAGUUUCUUUCUUUGAUGGUUAGAU